AUGGAGCUCGAGCACUUGGCAGACGAUGAGCUGGACUUUGAGUGGAGGAUACGAGGAUUAAAGGAGACAAAAGGACAGGACAAAUUAGGAAAACUAACACGGCUGCGUCAAGUUUUAAAAAACAAGUCGGUUUCCUUGCCGACAACUUCUAGUCACAUUAUGUCCGACGUAGAUAAUAUUUACCAAUGCCAAGCAAGGUUACAAAAUAUUCUGUUAAACGUCGAAAUGGCCAUCAGGCAAAACAAUGCAGAACAAUUGAAGAUGUGCCGAUCGAGAUUAAUGCCUUAUCAGCUUCGUCUCUCCCUAAUUACCGAUAGCUUGAUCGUAGCAAAUGCAAACAAAUCGUUGGCUAAAAUCAAGCAAACGUUAGCAAGAAUUCAAGACUUUUUGAUGAAUCAGCCAACCACAAACUCAGAGGUAAAAGGCGAUGCGGGUGACGUUGCGAGUGACGCGGAAACGUUACAAAAACUGGAGAAUCCUCAACUGCAAUCAAGUAUGAAGGAAUCCCAACAAACGCAAGAACAGAUUCAAAAUCAGGAGCCACCGCAGCAGCAAACGGCAGAACAAAUUCUGAUGCAGCAGCAGCGUGAGGCAAACCAACAGCUUCAGCAUCAACUCGAAGACGAAAGGCGAAAACUGCACCAAUUGCAGUUGCAAUUGCAACAAGAGCAACAGUUGCUCUCACGGCAACAGCAACAACAGCACGAUAGUCAUCAGUGGGAACAGUGGCAGAAUCAACAGGAGCAGAUGCAUCAACAGCAAGUACAACAGUUGCAACUGCAGCAACAGGAGCUGCAGCAUCUUUUGCAACAAGAAAGAGCAAAGCGGCAACAGCUGGAAAACCAGAUGGGACAUCUACAACAACAGCAGCAAAAUUUCAGUCAGUUAGGCGAUACAGCGAAUCCUUCGUUAGAUUUGAAUAGGCAACAGGAACCAGGGCUAUUGAAUGAUUUUAUGCGUUUCUUGCGAACACAACAUAGACCAAACACACCACGCUCUAGUGGACAAGCACAAAGUUCGGAUAGGUUUUCACAACCAGUACACAAAUGGCCUUUCGAAUAUGCGGGUCAACCCAAUAUCAUACAAUUGGGCGAAUUCCUAAACCAAGUAAACACAUACGCGGACACCGAAGGAAUUGAGGAGCAAACCCUCCUGCGUUCUAUCAAGCAUUUGCUGAAGGGGAGAGCUCUUCAAUGGUACACACGAUCUUACUUGCACCUAACCAAUUGGGAGGUGUUCAAAUCGGAAAUUAAACAGGAAUUUCUACCACCAAAUUAUUCCGAGAUCAUCAAGCAAGACUUAUAUUUGCGGUUUCAAGGCCCAAACGAAUCAUUCACCACGUUUUACAGGGACCUAGUAGCCGCCUUCGAAAUUGUAGAGCCAGCAAUUUCAGAGACAGAAAGACUAUUUAUCGUAAAAUCUCACCUAAAUUCAGACUACACCCCUAUAGCAGCAGCCUCCAGAGUUAGCACAGUUAGAGAAUUAGUCACAGUCUGUAAAGACUUCGAAGUGUCGCGAUCUUACUCCAUGCGAGGUAGAUCUGCUACAACUUAUCGUUCACUUUGGAACAAACCAGAACAGCGUCCGGGGACAAACAGGAUGGACAUUCCUAACCGGCCAUCGUUCAACCGGCAACCGCAUUACACAGCACAAAUCAACUCAAUGGAACUCAGCUCGGAACUAGAAGAAAAUUUGAACCCGCGGGACAUUCUAGAACGCGAAAUGCUUCAACACGAUAUUGCUCUACGUAAUGAGGUAGAUUCUAACAAUGUGGAGGAAGUGAACGCACUGCGUUUACAGAAUAACUCUAGAGAAAGGCCCGCAAUGAAUCCACAUCCACCAACUAGUGGAGAGCAACGUACAAGGGAAUGGACACCAAGCAUCAUAUGUUGGCAGUGUGAAAAACCUGGUCACACUUAUCCAAAUUGUCCCAACCCGAAACAUUACCUUUUCUGCUACAGUUGUGGAAGAAAAGGUUGCACCACUCGCAAUUGCGAAGCAUGUAUCUCGAGAUGGAGACAGCUAGAUUCGACAAAUGGUCCGCAGCAUCCGGGAAACCGCAGUUGGGAGAACCCUCAAUGAAGGGCGGGGUCUCUUCCAUUCAAACCGACAUCCCUUCACUCUUAAGUAUACCUGCUUUCAGUAAAGUAGAAUCGAUCGUAAUAAAUCCGCACAACAGCGACAACCGUCCAUACGCAUUCAUCAGCAUCUUAGGUCGACAGAUACGUGGGCUCCUGGACAGCGGCGCUACCUGCAGUCUGAUGGGAGGUGCAAUGUGCAAAAUAGCAGACGAAUUAGGAUUGAAGCAAUUUCCCGUCAAGGGGGAAGUAAAAACAGCAGACGGCUCAGCCCACUCAGUAUCGUUUUUCGCCCAAGUGCCCAUUUUCUACAAUAACAGGAGCCGUGUUCUACCCGUGCUUUUUGU